CGGAUGCCUUUGAAGGACCCCGGUCACGAGCUCUGCUAUCUUUAGAGGGAGGUAUUUAUAUUACAAGCAGUGGUGUGGCGGCAGCCGGGCAGCACUAAAGGCAUCAAAGAGUGGUGGAGGCAGGAGGGGGCUGCACAGGGGCAUAGCACGGAGGAGCAUUGGGUGCUGCCCCCACCCCAAGAGCCACUGAGCCCCCAGGUGAGGAUGACCCCGGAGGAUGAAGGCUCCCGGGCAGGGCCCCCAGAGCGGGUACGUAUCUGGGUGGAGGAGCAGUCAUUCUGUGUGGAGAAGACCUUGCUGGUGGAGAGCAGUGAGUACUUCCGUGCCCUCUUUCGCUCUGGCAUGAAGGAGAGCACGCAGGAGGAGAUCAGGCUGGGGGAACUGAGUGCGGCUGGGUUCCUCGCCAUGCUGCAGGUGCUGGCAGGCAAGAGGCCCAUCCUUGGCAGUGAAGAGACCAUCCAGACCGUUGAGUGUGCUGCCUUCCUGCAGGUAAAGCCCUUGGCCAAGUUCUUGAUCCACUCCAUCAACUCUGACAACUGCAUCCUGCUGUAUCAAGCUGCCGACAUAUUUGGCCUCCUGGAUCUCUUCCACUGUGCCGCCCUCUACAUCAGGGACAGCUAUGCGGAGCUGGAGGAGUACCUGGACUGCCUCUCCGACGACUUGCUGGCCUAUGUGGAAGCCCUCCUACCCAGCACCUUUGUGGCAGUGGGAGCCCACACACCCACAUUCGAGUUCUUGGAGGACCUCUCCAGAACCAUCUGCUACCUGGAUGAAGAGACAAACAUAUGGAGGACCCUUUCCUGCCUGCCGCUGACCGCCAGCACAUUCCUAGCCGGCAUUACGACCAUGGAUAAUAAGAUCUACAUUGUGGGUGGCGUUUAUGGAGCCAGCAAGCAGGUGGUGGAGAGCAGCUUCUGCUAUGAUGCUGAUGCCAAUACCUGGAGUGAGUUCCCAAGCCCUCAUCAGCUGCGCUACGAUGUCAGGCUGGUGGGCCACGAGGGCUACCUCUAUGCCAUCGGUGGGGAGUAUGAGAAGAUCUCACUGAAGUCUGUGGAGAGGUAUGACGUGGCCUCCAAUACCUGGACAUUUGUCUCUGAUCUGCCACAGCCAAGCUCAGCAGCACCCUGUGCCCAAGCCAUAGGGCAGAUCUUUGUUUGUUUGUGGAAGCCAUUGGACACCACUAUCAUCUACGAGUAUGAGACUCAGCAAGAUGUAUGGCUUCCCAUCACAGAGCUCAAGCGACAUCAGAGCUAUGGGCACUGCAUGGUGGCCCACCGUGACAACCUCUAUGUCAUGCGAAAUGGCCCCUUGGAUGACUUCUUGCGUUGUGUCAUUGACUGCUUCAACCUGACAUCGCAGCAGUGGACCUCCCUGCCCGGGCAGUUCAUGAACAGCAAAGGAGCCCUCUUCACUGCUGUCAUCAAGGGUGACACUGUUUACACUGUCAACAAGAUGCUGACACUCCUCUACUCUGUGGAGGAGGAUACCUGGAAGUCCAAGAAGGAGCGAGCAGGUUUUCCACGCAGUGGCUCCCUACAGACCUUCCUCCUGCGUCUGCCGAGGCGCGACCACAACAUUGCAAUGUAGGUGGCCUCCCAUCCCGUGCUGGAGUGCUGUCCUUGCACGUGGCCUCAGCUUUGCACCUACCACUCCCUCAGGCUCCUCUCCUCCUCUGUGGAGCCAUGCUCAGGUCCAGGGACAUGUGAUGUUGGACCUUCAAGGUGACACUAGACCCUGCCAAAGGGAAAGGGGCUGCAGGCAGCUGCUGCUUGCCUCUGCCUGCACUGCAUGGGCUGUGUGCAAAGUCCUGCCAGAUGUGGACUUGCAAGCCAACUGCAUGCAGGUCUUCAUGGCUUCUGCAGAGGACAGGUACCAACGAGGUGCAAACAUGGGUUAUAUUUAGUUUGACCUCACUGUGAAGGUGUGCAGCAUCCCACCUCCUCUCUGCCCUUUUGGGAAAUCAUUCAUUAUAUCCUGGAAUUAAAUGGAAAGCCACAGAAACCAUUUUGUUUUUCAUUGCUUUUGGGGCUUGUGUCUCUCCCCCCCCGCCCCCAGCCUACUGAAGGAAAAUACCUCCUAACGGGGAUCCACGUCAAGGCUUGCUCCUGCCCACUGAAUGCUUUUUCAGCUGCACUCUGUUUCAGAGCUAUACGUGGGAGUGUGGUUCUCACGCAGCCCCACGCUCCCUAGGGAGGUCUCCAUGGCUGUUCCCGGCCACAACAGGGUCCUGAGAGGAGGAGGGGGAGAUUGGAAGGAGGGCGAAGGACAUUUGUCUUUGGUCUGCCAUAGCCUAGUGCAGCAGAACCCUGUGCCCAAGCCAUGGGGCAGAUCUUUGUUUACUUGUGGAAGCCACUGGACACCACCGUCAUCUACUCCUCAGGGAGAGCUCUGUGGCUGGUCCUGAUUGCAACGAGGUCCUGGGAAGAACAGGGGAGACUGGGAGGGGUUUUGAAGGAAAGUAUCUCCUGGGCAUCAGGUGCUUAAUGCACUGAGGGGUUUCUGGGACCUGGUGACUAACUGUUACCUCCAAAGGCAUUAGCCAGCUACCGUCUCCUCCAGGCUUGUCUGCCAAGCCCCAGCACAGACCCACCAGGGUGGCAGGUGCUGGCCUUUAUCAGAGGCUGGUUUGAGCCAGGACAAGGUCUUUUUAGGGAGGAUGGCGAGACACUGGCACAGGUUGCCCAGGGAAGUUGUGGAUAACUCCUCCCUGGAGUUGUUCAAGGCCAGGUUGGAUGGGGCCUUGAGCAGCCUGGUCUGGUAGGAGGUGUCCCUGCCCAUGGCAGGAGCAUUGUAACCAGAUGAUCGUUAAGGUCCCUUCCAACCCAAACCAGUCCAUGAUUCUUUUUAGGACAUGGCAAACCUUGGAAAUAUAAAAGGGUGCAAAAAGGAAAGGAAAGGAGAGAGUGUCACCAUUGUAUGGCCAUGCCAGGCUUGCAGAGGCCUUCUCUGUUAGCAAAGUUCCAUGACCAGAUGUGCUGUUCUCAUGAAACACCAUCCUCCAGCAUCAAAGGUUGCUGGCACUCAGCACCAGCUCUGUGGCUGCUGGGAGAAUGCAGAGCUCCCCUUUGUGACCGCAGCACUGCUGGGACCAGGGCAGCAGCAAACCCACACUAUGGCUGAGCCAGUUUCCCAUCCACAGGGCAGGCUUCAGGCUGCCCGUGCCGCCCUGGCCGAGACGCAGCGGAAGGGAAUACCAGCUGGGAUGCCUCAAAUACCUCCACUGCUGACCAUCGCCAAGUUCUCAGCAUUUUCCGAACAGUUCCCGCAUUUGAGAAAAACAACACACACCACCACCACAAACCAAAACAAACAAUAAAACCCCAGCUCAUAUCCAUGUUCAGAUUGAAAACCACUUGUCCCUAUUUGCCCUCUGCUGCUGGGCCAGGCCACCACCCCAUUGCCACCCCUAGAAUGA